GUUCAUCACGGGAUCGCCUGUCGGAUUAAGGUGUUGUGUAAGAGGUAAAUUUGCAGGUAUUAUAUCUACUAAUGAUAGCUGCUCUGGUUAUUUCUAUUGUUAAGCGCCCUUACUAAUGUUCGGUCUUCGGUCCUCUUCUCUAUCUUUGGGCUUAUGGCAACUGUUCUAUAAAGCUGGGUACCUAACAGACAUGGUAAAGCUUUUCUAUUCCUUCUGUGCUCUGUGUAUAGUUUACGAUUUCCACAUGGUUUCAAAUAGUUUACUGUGUGUUCGUUAUGUCUUCUGUUUAUGUUGUUGUAUUGUGGCGAGAAAUGGUAUUGGUUGUUGAUUAUCUUGCACUAAAAGCAAGGUAGGCUUGCUAAGCUGUUGCAUGUACUAUGUUUUGUGAAGGAUGAUAGGAUUACGCCUGAUGAUUCAUUUGUCCUUUGGCUCUUUCAUUAUCGGAUGGGCAUUUCAGCCACUAUAGGAUGUUUCACCAUUCAUUUUUAGGCUCUGACUGAUAAGCCUGAAAUGUUGACGGUCGAAGGUUGAAUCAAAGCACAGUUCAUGAUUAUAUUACAUGAUACCUUUAUUAGCAAGUUAUACUUGAUCUUCAUAAUGUGCUAUUGAUUUAACUUUUUUGUUUGUUUUUCCUGAAGUAUAACAUGAAUUAUCUAAUCUUUCCAUCAUGCAUAUAUAUAGACUAUCAGUAUAAAUGUGAGUUUUCUUUUAUUCCAUUUAUGCUUCCUGAUUAUUGUUUGCAGUAGGGAUGGAAAGUUGCAAGGCUAGGAAUCUGUGGCAAACCCAAUGACCUUAUAGAGGAUUUCAGUAACAAAAUUAGAGUCACUUUGAAAUGUAUUUUUGUUUCCAAGAAAUGUUGCAUGCCGUUGAAUUCAUCAUUUGUAUUCUUUGAAUUUUCAAUUUAAGCUGUAUCUAUUCUUUAAGCCUGUAAGAUGGUAUGUGGAAAAAAUCCCAUAAUACACUUAUUAUUAAAAAAAAUUCCCAAAAUACAAUACUUAUAAAAAUAAUUCCCAAAAUACAGCAGUUUGGUUAUCACCGCUGCAAACAAAAACAGUGAUGGAAAUCACCGUUUUUGACCAAAGCGGUGAUAGCAUCACUGUUUUGGUCCAAAGCGAUGAUGCUAUCACCGUUUUGGACCAAAACGGUGAUAGCAUCAUUGCUUUGGACAACAACAGUGAUGCUAUCAUCGUUGUUGUCAAUGACGGUGAUUAACUCACCGUAGAUUUGAGACGCGGUGAACAGCUUCACCGUUGGAUCCAAAAGCGGUGAAAGUGCGCGGAUCGCUGACGUGGACGCGGGCGGGGACUUCACCGCUGAAGACCAAAGCGGUGAUAGCCCCGCUUUCCACGUCAGCGAUCCGCGCCACCCGCGCGUUCACCGCUGCCUUUGGAUGCAGUGAGGCGCGGAUUGUGGUUUUUCUCCACGAUCCGACGCCUCACGCCGCGCCACGUCAGCUAUCCAGGCCAUCACCGCCUUUGUUGGACGCAGUGAUUUCACUGCCUUCGUCAGAAGCGGUGAUUGGUCCCUGGUAAUUUUUCCAGCGGCUCUUUCCCCCCUUUCCCCUAUAAAUACCACUUCCCCCCCCCCCCCCCUCAUUCCAAACCACACCAAAAUCUUAUACUUCUUUCUCCCUCCUUUACCUUCCUCUAGUUUCGUUCUAAGUAUGCUCUGUGGUUGCGGCUAAGUCCGAUCUUCCACAUCAGAAAGAAUUACUAGAGUUAGUUUUUGUUUUGUUUUGUCGAUACUCUCGCUAGCUUUUCGGCAAAAAAUGGAUGAAGAGGCUUUGAGAGUACGUAAAUUAAUUAUAUUCUUUUGUGAUUUUUUUUUACAUGGGUGCUAAAAUUUAAAUUGAUUUGAUUUUAUAUUUUUUUAUAGAUGGGUGCUGAGAUAUAUGACCCUCGAUUGUAUAUCGAUCCUGGCCCAAGGGAUCGAAGGUAUUUAACCGGGCAAGAUCAACAUCGCUCCCGUUCAAUUUGGAACAAUAAUCCGGUAGACACUAAAUUUAUUUCAAUAGUUUUAAAGUUUUUAUUUUGCUUUCUAUUGACUAAUAAUAUUGUGUUUUUUGUUUUGUAGGAAUCACUUAUUCCCAUCGCUCAUCGAGGGACAUGUCGAUUUCCCCGUUGGCAUGAUCGACUGCAACCCUAUAUAGAGAGGACGGGAUUGCACAUGCUGAGGCACUUUACGAGGCUUGAUAUUGACAACAAUCUGCUGACGGCAAUGGCAGAGCGAUGGUGCCCAGAGCUGCAUACCUUCCACUUUCCCGAGGGUGAAAUGACGAUCACCCUCAAAGAUGUUGCCAUCCUCACCGGGCUCCCGAUCACCGGAGAUGCCAUCAUCGACAGCUCGAAAAAACCGGAUGAUGGUUGGGGGCCGUUGAUUCUAGAGCGUUUGGGGUUCAACAUGCCGACCACCACGCCCGUCGACGGCCAUGGGCAUCCACCACUGAAUGCGGGGCAAGUAUCGGUCCCGUGGCUUGUUGACCACAUCCAAAUGGAGAUUAACAUAGGCCCCGACACUCCUGAAGAUCAGGUGGAGCGGUAUGCACGUGUCUACCUAAUUGGUUUGGUUGGUGGGUUUCUGUUCCCCGACAAGUCAAACCGGUGGAUACAAGGCAUGUGGUUAAAUAUGCUCCUCGGUGACUGGGACGAGAUCGGGAGAAAAAGUUGGGGGUCGGCCGUCUUGGCUGGGAUCUACCGAGAGUUGUGUACUUGCUCGAGGUUGGGAGCGAAACAAGCUGGUGGUGCGAUGUUCAUACUCCCACUCUGGGCAUGGGAGCAUCUUCCGUUUUUAGCACCUCGAGACCCUCGGGAAUUCUGGUUGCCAGACGAUGAGCUACGAUUUGUAGCAAAUCCCCCAUAUGGUUUCAAGUAAGUUUAAUUUAAGUUUAAUUUAUUUUAGAUAUGCAAUGGUAGUAUUUUAGUGAAUUUAGAUCUAUUCCAAGUAAGCGAAUUUAGUGAAUUUUAGU